UGGGCGUCUCGCCAAACAAGAUGGCGGCGCCCUGGAAAUGGUGUGAGGCAGGCAGCUCGUUUUUAAACAAGCUGGCUCAGAAUGGAGACGGAUACUGCUCGAGCGUACACGCGAGAAAUUUGAUUGCCGUGUAUGACGACUUAUUGCUUGCUUGGAAUCAGAAAGAUCAAGAUGUGCUGGCUGUUAGUGUAAGGAACUCUGCACAGAACGUCGCCAAAGAUGACUUUCAGGUGUUGGUGUUGACGAACCCUCCGCCAUACGAAGUAGACAAUGUCCUCACCAACAGAACUCAUCACCUGUUGCUGUGGGGCCCACGUGGGGUCACCGUCGUGCUGCUUCCAAAAGCUACGGUUCUAAAGGAAAAGGCCGUCUGCAGGUCCUGGCCAAUUGGAGAGCAUUUUUUCCUGUGCAACAAAUCCGUAGUGGUAACAGAUGUCGCGUGGCACCCAGACAGUGAGACAGACAGUCACAUACUUGUGCUCACCAGCGACAACCAUCUGAGGUUAUAUAAUAUAUCGGAACCACAAGCGCCGCAGCUCAUGCUUCCGGUUGGGGUCUGCCAUGGUCUGUCUAGCAGCAUCGGGGCAUCACUAGGGGAAGACACUGCAGUCAGCUUCGACUUUGGUCAGCAGUUGGAAUGCUCCAAGUCACGCCAGGUCUUUAUUCUCAUGGGGAGUGGUGACGUGUACCUGACGCACAUUUCUUCCACUGAUGAAAACAGCACCAUGUACAGUGGACGGGUGAUGGGACCGCUAAACAUGCAACCCCCGAGUGAAGACAAUUACGGCGUGGACGGCUAUUCCUUGCUCUGUCUUCCGUCCCCCGUGCCAGUCCUGGUGAUAGCCACAACGGCAGGGACUCUCUACCACUGCCUGGCAUUGGGGAUGCCACAGCAACAACCUUUCAACCAGAAUCGGGGAGAAGUGGACACGGUACUCUUUGCCUUUGAAAAGGUGAAGCUGGACCUGACGUUCACACCUGGAAAUGAAGACGAUGCAUUCGUUUGCCCCGUUCGUCUCACCAGGGACCCCACCUGCCCGCUGAGGUAUACCUGCAGUCACAAUUCAGGCCUUCAUGCAGUUGCCCUGCCAGUCAUCAAUCACUUGCACACUUUUGCUCAGAGUGAGGACAAUGCUGGUGUACCUCCUCUGCUGCGGAAUGAACCUUGCAUCGUCGAGAGCUUAAUAUGUACGAGGGCGACAACGAGCACCUUACCAACUCCACUUGUCGGUGCCUUGGUGCUUCCCAGAGUCCCUGGACCCGUCUUAAUCGUCUUCACAGCAUCGUGGAAGAUUGUCAUCAACUUUUUAGUCCAAGGUUAUCAAGGCUAUGUGCCCCAACUGUUCUCCUCCGUCCCUUCCACCGUGGGUGCUUCCCUGCAGCGUCCAGAACGCUCCAGCUUUGAGCAGCAGGUGCAACAGCUGCUCGGGGGUCGUACUGUACCACAGCUCAUUCAGGGGACUUCGGGGGAGAGCUCCUUGCAAGAGUGCCUGGAGAUACUCUUUGCAGCCACGCACAAGUUUAGGGAAGAAUGGCUUCAGCGUCUCGAUUCCUGUCAGGUGCUGAUAAGAAGAAGGAUGCAGACUGUAAAUAUGCAAAAGGACGAACAGCUGGAGAAAGAGGAAAAACUCAGAAAAGAGUUUGAACAGAUUCAGGCGAAUGUAGCCUCGUUGAGAGAGAAGUACGAUGCUGCGUAUGGAACACAGCAAAAGAUUAUCAAGAGGGCUGAAAAUGUCCUCCACCACCUUCAGCAGCAGGUACCUCAGUUAUCGAAGGCUGAACAGGAGAUGCAAAAGGAACUCGAGGGCCUGGAAGAACGUCUUAAGGGAAUGGAGACAUCCCUGGAACAGGCACGACUCAAGAGGGACUACCAGGAACGACACAUGGAGUCACGCGGAGAAGAAGAAAGUGUUGUCCAGUACAUCAACAAUGCCCAGAUUGAGAAUAUUCGCAAGGCCCUCAGUACAGAGGGAAAAACCAUCAGCGACCUUGUCCAGACAAUCACCCAACUGAAACAAGAGCUGUCCCUUUGAAGCAUCAUCCUGUCUGUACAGUUUGUUACAAAAUGAAACAGUAUUCAGUUUUAUGCA